UCUGGCUGUGUGGGAAAUGAUUCCGGUGCCCAGCCCAUGGUAAGCACUCUCCAGAGGGGGCUGCUGUUGCCCUUGCUCAUGUGUCGCUGCUCAUUGUAGCCCCACAAGGCGGCCUCCUGAUCCUGGAUCAAGAAGGCGUGGUGCACUGCGGGGGUGAGACCUCAGACUCUGGACCCCCUGCACCCAGGCUUCCUGGGCUUGAAUCCCUGCUUUGCUACUUCCCUGCUGUGUGACCUUGGGCAAGUGGCUUAACCUCUCUGGCCCCAUCCUCCUCGUCUGGACAAUGGGGUAAUGUUAGUGUGACCUGCUGAGGAGUAAAUGAGACAUUACCCGUGAAGUGGCAAAACGGAGCUUGGUGUGUAGCAGUUGGUUCUAACACGUUUUUUUGUCUCGGGACCCUUUUGUGCUGCGGAAAAUUAUCGAGAGCCUCCACGGGCUUUUGUUUCUAAGAAAAGGAAUUCAGUAAGAAGAGUGGCAUGGAUUUACAUCUUUUUAAGUCUCGAAUGUCUGGCUGAAUAGGAGACAGCCGGCUUCUCAGCACAUCUGCUCUGCUUCCAUCUGUUUUGAUUUGUUGCUUUGGAUGAUGUGUGUGAAGAAAGUUUGGUCUCACACAGACGUGUGGUUGAAACAAGGAGGAGGAUUUUAAUAGGAGUUUCAGAUGAGCCGGGCUCCAUGACUGUCACCUGGACCACAUGGGUCCCCACGCCCUCUGAAGUGCAGUUCGGGCUGCAGCCCUCGGGGCCCCUGCCCCUCCGGGCCCAGGGCACCUUCAGCCCCUUUGUGGACGGGGGCAUUCUCCGGCGGAAGCUCUACAUACACCGAGUGACGCUGCGGGGGCUGCUGCCCGGGGUCCAGUAUGUUUACCGCUGUGGCAGCGCUCAGGGCUGGAGCCGUCGGUUCCGCUUCAGGGCCCUAAAGAAUGGGCCUCACUGGAGCCCCCGUCUGGCUGUGUAUGGGGACCUGGGGGCUGACAACCCAAAGGCCCUACCCCGUCUGCGCAGGGACACCCAGCAGGGCAUGUACGAUGCUGUUCUCCAUGUGGGAGACUUUGCCUACAACAUGGAUCAGGACAACGCCCGCAUUGGGGACAGGUUCAUGCGGCUCAUCGAACCCGUGGCCGCCAGCCUGCCGUAUAUGACGUGCCCCGGGAAUCACGAGGAACGCUACAACUUCUCUAACUACAAGGCUCGCUUCAAUAUGCCGGGGGACAGCGAAGGCCUGUGGUACAGCUGGGAUCUGGGCCCCGCCCACAUCAUCUCCUUCUCCACCGAGGUCUAUUUCUUCCUCCAUUACGGCCGCCACCUGGUAGAAAAACAGUUUCACUGGCUGGAGAGCGACCUCCAGAAGGCCAACCAGAACCGGGCGGCCCGGCCGUGGAUCAUCACCAUGGGCCACCGGCCGAUGUACUGCUCCAACGCUGAUUUGGAUGACUGCACGUGGCACGAGAGCAAGGUUCGCAAGGGCCUCCGCGGCCGGUUCUACGGGCUGGAGGAUCUUUUCUACAAAUACGGGGUCGACCUGCAGCUGUGGGCUCACGAGCACUCGUACGAGCGGCUGUGGCCGAUUUACAACUACCAGGUAUUUAACGGGAGCCAAGAGAAGCCCUACACCAACCCUCGAGGCCCCGUCCACAUCAUCACAGGAUCUGCCGGCUGUGAGGAGCGGCUCACCCCCUUCAGCCUCUUCCCCCGGCCUUGGAGCGCCUUGCGUGUGAAAGAGUACGGGUACACGCGUCUCCACAUCCUCAACGGGACCCACAUCCACCUCCAGCAGGUGUCCGACGACCAGGACGGGAAGAUCGUGGAUGACAUCUGGGUGGUGAGACCUUUGCUUGGCCGGAUGAUGUACCUGUAGGGAUGGGCGCAGCUCUUAUCAGGAACCGUGGGCCUCGCCACCUUGGCUGGGGUGACCGGACACUGCUGGGGCCUGGGUGGCAAGUCGGGGCGGGCCUCGACUCCUCUGCCCUCCGCAGGCCCCAUGUGGGGUGGAGGCAGCCCUGAAGGAGCUGUGUCCGGAGAGGCGGGGGUCCCGGCUGGCUGUGCCGGGAGGACAAGGUGCAGGCACAGUGACACCGGGCAGGUCUGGGGUGGCCCGGUGCCGCCCUCCCACGCGGUGCUCCUGGGCGGGAUGCCCGUGGGGCCUCGGGAAUAAAGAAGGUUCUGCCGUGGCUCCAUGGACUCCACACAUCUGCUGGGGAUGCUGCCGGCAGCCUCCCCUCCGGCUGCCGGGGCAGGGGCGUCACCAGCCGCGCGUCUCGGGUGGGCCCGGCCGUCACGACACCGCUCUCCAGCAGAUGGCAUCGGUGACUUUCUCCUCCUAGGCCAGCCCCCAGUGCCACCCCAAGGCCUGGCUCCAGUGGCCUAAGGAGUGCUAACCAGUGUCCCAGCUUUGUGCCUCAGUUUCCCAGCUCGGCACGGACUUAUCCUGGAAGCGGGGAAGUCUUAACACUCCUGCCUCCCAGCUGGGGUGGCUGCCCGGCCUCAGGAGCUCCCAGACCUGCCGUUUUCUUCCCUUAUCCCCUUCCUUUCCUCCUCCCAGCUCGCUCUCUGCCUUCCGCCUUUCAUUGGCUCGAAGAUUAUUUAUUGCGCACCUACUGUGUGCCAGGCCCUGUGCUCGGUACCGGGGAGACAGCCAUGAACAAGACGGAGAUCCCCGACCUUGUGGCGCUGACGUUCCAACCAGAGUAUCAGAGAGCAACCACAAUAAAUCAAUAAAAUGUAUAACAACGUAAAUAGUGAUCUGCGCGCAGAAACAGCAAGGAAGAGGGAUGGAGAACCAGGGGGCAGCUGCACUUUUCACGAGGAUGGGCAGGGAGACCUCACGGAGAGGAUGCCAUUUGAUCUGAGGGAGGAGCCACAUGGGCCGAGGGGUCCAGGCAGAGGAACAGCCCGUGCAAAGGCCCUGAGACAGAAACACACCUGCCCAGUCAGAUGCUGAUGAGGAGGCCCGUGCAGCAGGAGCAGAGAGAGUGAGAGGCGGAGCGGGAUGAGGGCAGAGAGGUGACGGGGGGCGGAUGGUGUGGGACCUCGUGGGCCACGGGGAGGACUUGCCCUUCAUCCUGAGUGACGUGGAGACCCAGGAGGGCUCUGAGCUGGUGGCGGCCAUGACCUGACUCCUGGACUCCUAGGCAAAGGCUGGGGCUCUGGCCCCAGGGCUGAGGGCUCCCCAGGGGAAGCCCGUGAGGUCGCAGCUCUGAGGCUGACCUCGCCUCUAGGCCCCCAUCGUGCUGCGCAGUUUCCGCUCCUCACGUCUGUUCCCACCCCCACCCCACCCAAGGCACACGGCUCCUUGCAGUUCCUCGAACACACCAGCUUUCCCCCUGUGGGGCCUGUGCCCUCUCCCCCGCUCCCCAGGGCUGGUACCUCCUCGGCCUCGGGUCUCAGCCUUUCCUGCCGGCCCCAGCUGAAAUGACCCCAGCCGCCCUCCGUCUCAUCCUCUGUCACUUCACUCCCAGCUCUCAGCCUCCUGCCAUCCUCUCGGGAUUGAUUUGUUAACGUGCUCAUUGUCAGUGUGCCCCCUGGGCCGGCGUGAGGAUGGAGACCAAGGCCGUCUUGUUCAUCCACCGUCUGCCACCUCCAUGGAGCCCUCCCAGACCCCUUCUGGCGCUGGGUUGGGGCCCAGGCUUCCCCCACAUCCUCCCGGUGCCCCUUCUGGGCCGGCACCGUCUAGGGGCAGGACUGGCUCCCCCACUGGACCGACUAUCAGCCCAGGAGGGCGGUGCCCAGGCCUGGCUCCAGCCCGAGACGGAUGCUUAAUGACUACUUGUUGCACGUGCCAGGCUCUGGCCGGGCGACACCAGGGACAGCGAGGAAUCAGCCCCGGGCAGGCUCUGUGGGUGCUCACGGCAGGCCGGGAAACACAACAGUUACCCAACACGGUGACAAGGAAUGAAGGAAUGACCUGGAGACUGAAUCAAGCCCGGGAUGUCACCAGCCAGGAAGUCAUGCAUCGUGUGCUGCGGCCAAAGACGGAGCUGGCGCCGUGCGAGCCCGGCAUGUCCUGUGCCAGGCUGGACGGGGCUGUGAACAAACCUGGGCGGUGGGGUCCUUGGAGGGCAAAGGCCGGCGGGUGCUGGAGCCGGACAGAAACCGGGCUCCUCUCUCAGCUCUGCCGCUUCCUGUGUGAUGGGGAGCCACUGGCCCUCUCUGAACCUCUGUUUCUUCCUCUGUAACAAAAGCGCGAUUGUCCUUUGUGGGGUUGCCUUGGGGUUAGAGGAGGUUGGGAGCGUUGGUGUGGUCCUCGACAUCUCUUUUUCUCACGUCCCACAUCCAGGGAACUGGCAAAUUCUGUCGGCUUCAUCUUUUUUUUUUUUU